AUGGGCUCUCGGCUGGAAUCUGGUUCCAGCACAGUUCGCAAAAGGAUCGAGAAUCAUACUUUUGAUGGAGAAGAUGGCGAAGAGUAUGGGGCAUCCAACUUUGGGGGGUUUGGGGACUAUUUCCGGCGCAAGAAGCUGAAACUGCAGAAUCUGGAUGCUGAGAUACGAACCACCUCACCCAACAACCCGCCGAUUUUUCGGGGGGUUGUGGCACAUGUCAAUGGCUAUACGCAACCGUCUCUCAAUGAUCUUCAUCGGCUUAUAGUUAGUCAUGGCGGUGGGUUUCUACAGUACCUAGAUGGAAAGACUGCCGCAACCCAUAUAAUCGCGAGCUCGUUAACCCCUAAGAAACGAGAAGAAUUUCGCAAAUAUCGCAUAGUAAAGCCAGCAUGGGUUGUGGAAAGUGUAGAAGCUGGAAAGCUUCUGCCAUGGGACUCGUUCAGAGUAAUAGAUGGCGGUGUCUCCCAGAAAGUCCUGAGAUUCGGUAAUGAAGGUCAAAUCCUAAGCCAACACAAGAGCCAGUCGUCCAGCUACCGCGACCAAACAAAGUCAAGUUGGUAUAACUCCCAGAUAUCCCAACAAGAUGUUUCUAUUAGGGCGAUCGAUAAUAGGAAAGGCCCUACAGCCUCGCCUUCACACCCGAAUCCCACAACGAAUGACCCUAUACAGCUGGAAACUGAGAAGUUAGAUGAGGAUAAUGUUUCUCUAGCUGAUCCUUUGCGGCGAGCAGACUCCCUUGGUGUCAUUGGCUUGUCGGAGAACAAUGCUGACGUGCCGAUGACUUCCGAGAAAUACAAUGAGCACCUUCUUUCAAACCCGCUCAUGCGAAAUUCGAGUGUUGUGAACCCCGAUUUCAUCCAGCAAUAUUACAGAGAGUCCCGCCUUCACCAUCUAUCAACAUGGAAAGCCGAGUUGAAAGCAAAACUUCGUGAAGCAACACUUUCAAAAAUCCCACCGACUAUUGUAGCUAAAAAGGGUGUUUUUAGGGAUCGAAGAUACAUUCUUCAUGUUGAUUUCGAUUGCUUUUUUGCAUCUGUUUCAAUCAGAAAGCAUCCGCACCUAGUCGACAAGCCAGUGGCAAUCGCACAUGGCUCAGGCGGCGGUUCCGAGAUAGCUAGUUGCAACUAUCCUGCUCGCGCAUUUGGAGUUAAGAAUGGCAUGUGGAUGCAAGGUGCCUUAAAAUUGUGUUCUGAAUUAACGGUGCUACCAUACGACUUUCCCGCUUAUGAGGAUGCUAGCCGAAAAUUCUACGAGGCCAUACUCGACAUUGAAGGAAUCAUUCAAAGUGUCAGUAUUGAUGAAGCAUUCAUAGAUAUUUCCAAUUUAUGUUUUGACGCAGCUGGCUCUGAUGGAAGAGGAGCAGCAUCCGAAGAUUCUAUCUGGAGAGAACAAGCGAAAGCUGAUGAGGUGGCUCAUGGUUUACGUGAUUCAGUGAAACGACAGACUGGAUGCGAAGUAUCCGUGGGAAUUGGUGGAAACAUCCUGCAAGCCAAAUUGGCGCUACGAAAAGCAAAACCAGCAGGCCAGUUUCAAUUAAAGCCAGAAGAUGUGCUUGACUUCAUCGGUGAUAUUUCAGUCCAACAACUUCCAGGUGUGGCGUACAGUCUGGGAGCCAAGCUCGGAGAAUUGAACAUCAAAGUUGUCAAGGAUAUUCGUCAGCUACCAAAAGAAAGACUUAUUGCGAAUAUGGGGCCUAAGACCGGCAUGAAAUUAUGGGAAUAUGCGCGGGGAAUAGAUCAUUCUGAAGUUGGAGAUGUUACCCCUCGGAAAUCCGUGUCAGCAGAGAUCAACUGGGGAAUCCGCUUCGUUACCCAAGAGCAAGCAGAGCAGUUUGUGUGCAAUCUGUGCGAUGAGCUGCACCGAAGGCUUGUGGAAAACGGAGUUAAAGGGAAGCAGUUAACGAUGAGAAUCAUGCGAAGGUCUUCUGAUGCUCCUCUAGAGCCCCCAAAACAUCUUGGGCAUGGAAAGUGCGAUACUUUCAACAAAAGCAUUGUACUGGGAGUCGCCACAAACUCCAAUGACAAACUUGGCAAAGAAGCCGUCGCUAUCCUGAGACACUUCAAUUUUGCGCCAGGAGACCUUAGAGGACUUGGAGUCCAAAUGACAAAAUUGGAGCCGAUAAAACACGACGCUUCUGGCGAGAUGCAGAACAGCCAGCGUCAAUUAGACUUCGGCGUCUCGAGUCCCCGGAAACGGGCAAUGUCUUCAGACCUAGACGAAAUAACGACUCCAAAGAAACAAGAAUGUCAUCUCUUCGUAGACAAUGCCCCUAUUCUUACUGACGAAUCCCAGAAACCGCUUAACGUCACUGGAACACAAUUUAUCUUGCCUUCCCAAGUCAACUCGCAAGCACUUGCAGAGCUUCCUGGGGAUAUCAGGUCAAAAUUAGUAUCUAUGCGUAAACGUCCACGACCCACUCUCCAGGAGUCAGAGAGUCCUUCCAAAAGACUUCUUAAACCUGCAUCACCAGUGGCGUUGCCCCAUCGAUCUCAGCUUGAUUUGGAGACUCUAGAUGCUUUACCGGAAGAUGUACGUGCGGAAGUGUUGGCCCAAUAUGGGCUAUCAUCUGACAGUCCACCUCGGCCUUCAGCUGGAUCAAAAAAGAAGCGAUCCAAAGCCAGUACUACUCCCACAAAAUCUCGGGCUAAUCGAGACCACAGCCGGCCAACCACCAGUAAAGGAAGAGGAAAUGCUACUUUGAUGCAGUCCAAUUUUAUACUUGGCCGACCAUCUCCAUCCACGUCACUUCCAGUCGACGAGGAUCAGGGGGGAUCAUCGGUCAUUGACGAAGGUAUAGAGAGUAUCUCGGAAGAUUUCCUGGCAGCUUUGCCGGAGGAUAUUCGCCGCGAGGUCGUCGAAGAGCAAAAACGAGCCCGAUUGCAGAAGCGAGGAGGACUCAACAUACCCGAUGCGCGGAAACCAGCAGCACCUAAACCUGCAGGGCGCCCACCAGAGCAGAAGCUCCUACACUUUGCGCCUCCGCCACCCAAACCGACGUUUACUUCACGAAAACUGUCGUCGCUUCCAGACCUGCGCGAUGCAAUGAGUGAGUGGUAUAAUUCCUUCCAGGCUGAGGGGCCGUUUGAAGAGGACGUGAGUGCCCUCGCGAAAUACCUAAGGCGGGUAAUUCUUGAAGAAAGAGACGUAGCGAAGGCUGUCGCCGUCGUAAAGUGGCUGGACUGGUUAUUGGAUAGCAGUGACGAUACGGACGAAGACGCUGACGGGCUUUCGGAAGCGGAGCAAAGCAAGUCACUAGAUGCCUGGAAGAGUGCUCUGCAUAGAAUUCGUGGCGAUGUAAACGCUGCAGUUGGACAGAGGGGUCUUCCUCUGGUGGAAUUUACAUGA